AUGACGCUUUCCAAACAGGCCCGCCGAAAGCUUCCAUUAAUAAUCGCAUUUUCUCUAGGAUUGUCUUGUAUCAAUGUCUUGAAAUGGCUUCAAGAAUACUCUGUCUAUCUCUGGGCUAUUUAUCUACUCAAAGGGUCUACAGUGUCGCGAUGCUGUUUGAAGCGAUGUGGACGAUGGUGGUUAGAAAACCGAACCAAAAGAGGGGAAGGAUAUAUACUAGUGCGGCGGGCAUAUAAACCUACGACUACUUCUAUUAGUUGCUUUUAG